UAGCGUCCACCAACAUCGCCAGUAGCGUCUGUGCUAGGUGCUAGGAAUUACGUUGGGUAAGUUUAGCAUUGAACCCACUAGCUUUCAUCAGUUGCUUCUGCGAGUUCAAACGAGAUGAACGCGUCUAGCAAAUCGUUGAGUGGUGGUGUGAACAAAUAGCAGUGUUGAUAGUUCGUGCGGUGCCCUGUGGGUGAUUUGAAUGCAAUUGAUGGAUAGGGACGUGAAUAAAAUAUUUUAUUGGCACAGUCAAUGCAGCGCGCGUCUGGAGAUAUUCAAGUGAAUUGAAUUCGAGCUGCGAAGGUGUCCGAUGUUAUCGUAUUAGUGCUAAUUGAGAAAAUCAACAAAUUGAAGCCGACGCCGGAAAGAAAGUACAAGUGAUACAUGAUGAUUGCUUUCAGUUGGGAGCUACGAUAGAAAUGAAACAGUAAUAUCGGAAUCGGUUAUGGAAUUACACCAAAGCUGGAUGCGGGUUGCCGAAAAAAUAAACACUUUUUCUGUAUGCACAAUGUGAUAUGAGUAUAAAUUUUCCUGUUCUAAAGUGUUUACGUUGUGUCCCGGCGGUAGUGUGGGAAAUAGAUCAAAACACGAAACGAAAAAAGCGAUGAAGAGCACCCAGAAUCUAAUUAUUGAUGCGAAUGUUUACGGUUAUGAUUUUCUGUGAUCAGUGGUAAACCAAAAAAAAAUGAUCCAUCACUGACUUGUGGGUCUUGUGAAUCGAAAAAUCAGUGAGCAUUGGAAGCUGCUGCCGUGCAUCACCUUGGUUGGAUCGAAGUUUUAGGUAAUAAAAUCGUCAGAAAUAAUAAAAAAAAACAUUUUUCAAUGGAAACAAAUCUGCAAUAAAUAUUGUGAUCGGAAGAAAAAUAUUCGUUUGUGAAUUUUAAGAAUUGAACUGCGUGUGCGGUAAACGAUCAUCGCUGGCUGAGAAAAUAUCAUCAGCGUUGUAGAUUGAGUCUAAAAUAGCUUGUCUUGAGUAUGGAAAAGGAAUGCUGAAAAAAUGUUUCAAUUCAGAACUGGCUAAAAUCGUCCAAAUAAGUGUUACUUUUUAAUGAAAUUAACGAAGCUUAGCGAGUGGAUGAGGACGUGUUGGGCGAUGAAAUAUUGAAAUAUUUUUGAGAUAACCAACUGAACAUACUAGAGAAGGUUUCAGAUUCUAACGUGAGCCGAGCGUUAGAAUCACUUUAAGUGUGCAGUAAUAGAGAUAAAUUUUGGCAUCGCACCCAAGUCAACUCGGAGCCAAAUUAGUGAUGUUCGACCCUGGGGGUAACAAACAACUCAGCGUCGGUUCAUCCUUGCUCCCUGCUACCAUCAAUGCAAGUUUAAAUAACGCCAGUGGACAGGUUUAUGGAAACAUAAUAUUCCAGGAGUCAACUGGUAGCAGUAGCAUCGAUCCACUCACCCUGUUAGAGACGCUAUUCACGAACUACACGAAUCAACUAGCAAAUGUGUCGUCUACGACGGAGAUCCCCUACACCCCGUACGAGCGGCGACCAGAAACAUACAUUGUUCCGAUACUGUUUGCUAUCAUCUUCGUUGUCGGUGUCCUAGGCAAUGGGACGCUUAUAAUCGUUUUCUUGCGACAUCGUGCCAUGAGGAACGUGCCAAACACCUAUAUAUUAUCCUUGGCGUUGGCCGACCUGCUGCUCAUCGUGACAACAGUUCCAUUCACGUCAAUUGUCUACACGCUGGAUUCGUGGCCCUGGGGUAGCUUGCUCUGCACCUCGUCUGAGUUCAUCAAAGAUGUUUCAAUCGGGGUGUCAGUAUUCACACUGACCGCCCUAUCCGGGGACCGGUUCUUCGCCAUAGUUGAUCCUCUGCGGAAAUUUCACGCUCAUGGUGGUGGACGAAAAGCGACGCGGAUGACUAUCAUUAUUGCAGUCUUCAUAUGGGUACUGGCCAUUCUGUUUGCAACUCCUGCUAUCGUCGGAACACAUAUCAGGAUUGAGAAAGUGAACAAGGACGUAACAAUCGAGUUUUGCUACCCAUUUCCGGGCGAGUGGGGACCGGAAUAUGCCCGCGGUAUUGUGCUCUGCAAAUUCCUGGCCUACUAUGCGAUUCCGUUGUGUAUUAUUGCACUGUUCUACGCGCUGAUAGCACGUCAUCUAAUCCACAGUGCGAAACAUGUGCCUGGUGAGACGCAAGGAACGGUACGUCAGGUAAAAGCGAGACGAAAAGUUGCCAUCACCGUGUGGGCGUUUGUUGUAAUAUUCGGGAUCUGCUUUCUACCAUCGCAUCUCUUCAUGUUGUGGUUUUAUUACAAUCCCAACUCCCAGGAAGAAUAUAAUCAGUUUUGGCAUGUGCUGCGGAUCGUGGGGUUUUGCCUGUCAUUCGCCAACAGCUGUGCUAAUCCUGUAGCAUUGUAUUGCGUGAGUGGUGCCUUCCGGAAGCACUUUAACAGAUACUUACUGUGCGAAGGAUCGUCAAGCGCCCGCAGGCGUCGUGGUGAUAAUCUCGGCCACCGAGAUACUUCGCUAACGAGCACCAUGUCCAGACGAUAUCCCAGCAAGCGAUUCGGAACGCAGUCGAUGCGGAUAAACAUCCAAGAAACAACUAUAAUCAUGCUCCCGAACGGAACCAACGGUAAUGGAAACUAUCUCACCACAAAUCUUCCGGAAAGGAAUGAGAGUUACCCAUCAUAAUGCAAUACCAGUUUUAUCGACAAAAUGGUUUAGAAUCUCCUAGGCAGUGACCAACGAAAUUUAUGAAGUUUUCUACGAACUGUUGGCUAUCACUUCCUAUCUGUUAGCAUGUCAAAGCGAUGUGCUUGAAAUUUUCGUCUACAACCGUGAUGUCGUCACUCUACAAAAUUAUCCAACUGCACCUUGUUAGAAACGAUUUAAAUUAUGGAGGGUAUCAGGUUCCUUUGUGGCGGCAAAAUCUUCUUUGUUAUGAAGCAAAUUGGUCCUCUAUGUAAACGAAUUCUCCUACGCAUUCAUGCACUCGUGGCGUAGGUGGCUCGAGUUUUUGACGCUACCAAGAAGUCAGAAAAAAGGUAACCAACCCAAAUGAGAUCUAUAUCAUGAACAACCUAAUUGUAAAGCUUGGAAUGGCACAAAACCAGUGCACAGGAAAAACUCUAGGAGAUAACGAAAAAUAAUUGGAUCUAAUUAUGCUUUUUCUUCUGGUUAUCGUACCUCUUGGCAGAACGCAAGCCUCCAAUUUCGCUACGAAUGCCGCAGAAUUUAUGAGAUAAAGUGUGCCAAAAGCAUAUUACUGUACAGGGUAAAGUUGACUUGAAUAAGUUUUGCUAGAAUAUGAACGUCGAAAAAUUUGGAGUGUUUAUGCUAUGGGAACAGAAGGAAUAGCCUAUUUAAAGUCUAUAGAACAAUCAUCCCCCAACGGGCGUUAAUUAUUCAAGCUUUAUUCGAUUAAUUGCGUCAAAGUUAGUAUCAAUAUCAUUGCGUGGACUCGUGGCAGCUCAAUAACAAAAUUGAUAUGAAAACCACGAACAAAAUGUAGACAGUUUCUGUCAGAUUUUUUUUCGGAGCUGUACAAUGCUUGAAAAUCUAUCAUUCAAUUAAGAUAGGAGAUUCUAAAAAUAGAUAUGACCACCCACAAUGAAUAUUCAAAUUGGUAUCCCUGAUCAUAAUUUUCCAACCAAGCCGAUACAUAUAAAAACCGAUGCAUCGGGUAAAUCGGACAAAAAAUUUAAGGCAAAAAAUUUAUCGAAUGUAUUCAUCAGUUUUUGCAGGCGUAAUAAUGUUUAAAGUCAUGUUCCGAAAGUUUUCUAAACUAUAUUGAAUGGAAAAAUUUAACCAUCCAAAUUUGUAGAAUUUUGUACGUAGAAUUGAAACGAAUUAAACACGGUAUUGAAAAUCUAUGAGCUCCUAAAAUUGCGCGCCUAAAUCAUUCCGUUCUUGAUUACGGAACACGCUAUUUCGAAAUAGCAUUUCAUACAUCAUUCACCAAGUUUAGAUUACCCCUUCCAAGUAAUGGACGGUUAUUUUUAUUUUCUUUGAUUUUUUUACAUAAAGAGAUAAUGAUUGCAAAUGUUUAAUUAAUGUUAAUUAAAACGUCAAUUAUCAGUAUCGCUGGUGAUAGCUAGUGAGCUUUAUUUCAAUCAGAGAUCGUAACAAUGAGGUAAUAAUUAAUGUACGUGGGUAAUUCCGCUGUUGUCAAAUCCAUAAGAAUAUAAAAAUGGUCCCAAACCUACUAACAUGGGCAUCACUAGGGGAUUGGGGGCAAAGCGGAGAACAUUUUGGUUUAAUGAUUGAUUUUACAUUUUGAAUGAGGUAUUUAUUGCGUAUAACACUUUGCGCUAUCUUUAGCGACAAAUAAUCCGACUGAAAACUAUUUUCAUCUGGAAUAUUCGUAAGUAAUUUAAUUUAUUUAAGUAAUUGUUCACAACGACUUAAACAAAACUUCUUUUUGUCCCAUGUUUUUUUACAAAAAAAGUUCCAUUUUGUUUUUCAAAAAGAGUUAAUUACAAAGAAGACAAUGAAAGUUAAAUUCGAUUUUGGGCUUCAAAAUGGUAUCGGUAGGAUGGACCAGAAUUUGCAUCCACUCGGGAAAAUUAAAAUUACACGUCGUAAAGCGCUAUGCAAUACCCCGCUUUACCCCGAAAAAAAUAUUUUUUUUCCGAAUCGUAGGAAACACGAUAAUACUCGGAAAUGAAGCACUUAGUACAUUAUAGAAACUUAAAAGAGAGCAAGAAUACUAAGAAUUUUUUUUUUCAAUCUGAAUUGAGAUGACUUACGUGCGAUUGGAUAUCUCGAAUAAUCAAAACGACACACCGAAACAAAACGUGUUUCAAAACGAAAUUCAAUGUUUUUGAGUGGAAGUCACCAUAAUUCUGGAAAAAGCAUGCAUAUUAGGCAACCUACCAACAUGGCUUUAAUCCUGUUCCGCUUUGCUCUUCAUUCCCCUAUAUGCUAUGUUUCCUGGAGUAUGCCCUUCAUAAUCGCCCAGAAUUUUUUAAUUGAGUGAAGUUAUGGUGAGUUGAACGACUAUUUGCGACACAAAAACAGCAUCGUUGGCAUCGUACCAUUUCCGGUCUGAUAGUUCUAUGCAUAGGGCACUGGUCUUACAAGUCAGUUGUAAUAUGUUCGAGCCCCGACCUAGAAGGGUUCUUAGUGCCUGUAGGAUCGUACUGCUAGCCAUGUAAUAAUCCUGAACGCUAAGAAUCGACUGCGAAUUCUGUUGAAACAGAAAGGUCAAACUCCACAAAAUGUAAAGCCAGGAUUUGGCUUUGGCCUCGUACCACUCCAUCACCGGUUUCGCCUAAUGGCACGAAGCCAGAUCCGGCUCAAACAGAGUGUCACCAUUGUGGGACCGGAGAAACGGUAGCGGGCCGUUGACUGCGCCGGUCGCUAUAUACGGCUUGCUGAAUUUGCCGCUCCCAUAGAUCGUCAGCCACAUCAAGUACUUCUUGGCAAAUUUAUAGACCUUAUUCUUAAGAAACCUCCCCGAAACAUCCAGGCAGUACUUUCCGACGAAAAACUCCAGGUCGGGGAUCUGUUUCGCGCCCGCUUUAAUGUACGCCUAAUCGUCCGUCAAGAUGCUUUUCCUCUACAUCAACCACUCGCGGUACAUUUUUACCUUUUUUUAUAAAUAUAAAAAAUAGGUAUAGAAUUCGCUCAAACUUUAGAAAAUUUUUCCGAGGCCCGGUGGGCCGAAUGUCAUAUACCAAUCGAUUCAGCUCGACGAACUGAGCAAAUGUCCGUGUGUAUGUAUGUGUGUGUGUCUGUAUGUGUGUUGUCAACUAAGAGGUCAAGAUCUCAGAGAUGGCUGGACCGAUUUUGAUCAAACUAGUCGCAAAUGAAAGGUCUCCCCGUCACCCAGAACGCUAUUGAAUGGUUUGAGUUAUACGAAGUUUUAUGUCAAAAUUUUCAGUUUUUUGACAGUAUCUGUCACAAUUGACCUUGAAAACAGAAUAUAUUUUCAGACUUAGAUUCCGCACGGUAAUACCUAUCCAACAAGCCAUAGAUUGUUAAAAUCCGUCCAUUUUUAACGGAGAUAUCGAAAAUUUUGGGUAACCGACUUUUUUCCCUAUUCCAGCAGUAGAAUUUUUUAGCGCUGUCUGGCAAAGAAAUGCUUGGGAGCAACAUAAAACACGAUUUUUUAUACCGUUACAUACAUUUGUUUUUAAGUACGCAAAAGACUGUGUACAGCAUGAUAUUUUGCCUCGGACCGAUUUAAGCACGGUUCGUUUUUGGCAACAUAAUCGUUCGAAUAUGCCAUAUGUAAAGAAUUUUCGAGAUGAAAGCAAUUCUAUAUUUAUAUUAAUUUAAACUACUUACAGCAAUAAAUGCUGGAAAAACAUAACAACCAUAUACCAUUCGAUUCAGUUUGUCGAGAUCAGCAAAUGCGCGUGUGACAAAUAAUUUCACUCAAUUUUUUUCGGGGAUUGAUGUUUUCUCAAAAAAAAGCCAAACAAAUUUCAGAAACAAAAGUUCAAUUAAAAUAAAUCCAAUUUUAUCCAAUUUUGACUUCCGAUUCUGGAAUUGUAGGAUGAUGAAUUUUUAAAAUUCAAAGCGAUAUAGAAGAUGACAAUCCCGAAAAGCUUUAAAGUUGGACUCAAAAAUAUUGCAAUUUAUUCGUCAUAUGGCCAUACGAAUCGGUUUGAGUUAUGCUGGUUCCUGAAUACCGGCUCUGGAAGUACCUUAAAUUACCCUAAACUCUAAAGUGGAAAUUACUUCGACAUAUCAUGGAAUGUUUAAUCGAUAGUUACACUUUUAGAUUCAAAUUCGAUCCGAUUUGCAGUUUCGACAUUACAGAGUAAUGAGUGAUUAAAAUCUCAAAUUGCCACUUAAAACGACGGACAUUAGAAUAAUGUCAUGAAAGCUGAAACAACAAAGAAUAUUCAUGCAUGCGGAUUGAUAAAAAAGGUAUCAUCUCACUGCUAGGUGGAUUAAGCACGUUUUUUAAAUUAUGUUUAUCCGUUCGGUUGAGCACCUCCAUUGUCCGCUGGAUGAACCAGACGAAAGAAUUGACCCCGUAUUGAAUAUCUUCGUUUUUCUUCCACUGCCAGCUCAUCAGUGGGUCGGUCUUCUUAAGCGAUUUUACCACACGGAGCACGAUCGAGUCUUUGAUUACCAAAUACUUCGGGAUCUGGGUCUGGCUUGGAUUUUCAACAACCGUGCCCAUAAUUUUUUAUCGAAGCACUUCUUUCUUGGAAGUCAUCGCGAGAACCACUUGACAGAUUGUGAUUGGUACAUGUGCACAUCAUACUCUGAACUAAAUUCAUUCUAAACUUCAUAAGUUUCCACCCGUAAUAAAAGCGUAAUAUAAAGUUGUACCAAAAAGAAAAUGUUAUACUUUUAUUCGGGACAGUCAUAUCUCCGGAACCAAAAGUCACAGCUAUUUGAUCUUCGAACUUGAUCAAUGGCCCAACAGUAGCUUUCAAACGAGCCCAAGUUUGUUUAAAUCGGUUCAGCCAUCUCUGAGGAAAUUGAGCGCGUUCAAAAAUCUUCGAAAAGUGCACACACGUACACACACACAUUUUCCGAUCUCGUCGAACUGAGUCGAAUGGUAUAUAACACUAUGGGUCUCCGAGGCUCCGUUCGAAAGUCGGUUUUUCCAGUAAUUCUAAUACCUUCCAUAGAGAAAGGCAAAAAUUGUUUUGAUUUCUCAUAGCAUAUUAUCGCUGACAUCAGCAUUUCAGAUCUGGUGAUCAAUAAGUUUGGUAAAAUAAUUACUGUUCUUUUUAUUCAACCUUUAACAAGCCUUCAUUUUGUGUUGAGAUAUGUGUCAAACACGAAGCUAUAGCUACCCAAACGUGACCGAAGUACUCAUUACGUGAGUAUAUUAAUUUCUUAUAACGAGAUCUCUUGAAUUACUUACUUUAUAUUCAAUCACUAGUACCUAUACUGGUUACAAAUAUUGACUGAUACAACAAAAGGUUUGGUCAUAUUGGCCGCAUAAACACGAAAAAAACUAAAACUCCUGAAAAGGUAGUCCAAAUCUUGAUAUUAAAAGUGUCUCCUUUCACUUCAUCGACAACUAUCAAAUUAACUAGUUAAGUGAACAAGAAAGAAAUUCAAAACAUGGUCAAAUUUAGUAAAUCGAUUUUAUUAUGAUCAUUAGGAUUGCUUAUAUCUUUUAAUGUCUUUGAAGGCAAAAUUGUUCGAGUCACUUAUGCUAAUAAGUUAAAAAAUUCACAAUAUGUAUAAAUAAAAAAAAACAUACGGUAGUAUUGUGACUGAAUUUCGCCCAAUCGCAUCACUCCAUCAUUCGGCUAUAUAUUAUUUCUAGUAUCGGAACGGCAGUGAAAUUGGCAUCAAGUCAUCAAACUUUACAGAUUUCGAUCUGGAUGAAACUUUGUACACGAUAUCAGUGUGGCAAACAAUUCAUAUUGAACGGAUGUAUAGACUAAUUCGACUCAUGACUGAUUUUUAAAAAGUACGGAUAUAUUUUGCAAAUACCUUCUUCUAAUCGUUGUAACUCAAACACUGUGAAAUGUACACUUAUGAUGUUCAAUAAGAAGUUGUGAGUAUUGAAGUGACUACUCUAAAAAUAUAUACGCUAAAAAAACAGUUGAAUGCUAUUUAAAGUAUUGAAAAAUAAAUCAAAGAAAUAAAAUUGAAAAAUAUGCAUCUUUGUUUUUCGCUAAGUUUAUAUUUUGAACCUGUUAAUAAAAGUAACAUUCGACUUUAAUUUGAUGAGUGUUGCGCCGAGUAGUUAUUCAAUAACCUAUAACUUCAAAGACUGCAAAAUUCAACAAAAAUGUAAUCAAACGAAACCGGAAAAAAUACGCCGCUUUUGUUUGUUAAAGUAUUGAUUAAAAUUCCGAGCCAUUUUUCAAUUGUAAGUGCGCCUCAACUCAUACUUUAAAUUAGAGCAAUUCCAGGAAUGAGUAGACGAAAGAGUGACAAAAUCAGAAUCGACCUUCUCCGAUUUGAAUUAAACUUUGCACAUGGCUUCAGUAUGGCAAACCAUAAGUUUUGAACCGAUGGAGAGGUUAAUCCGACUCACGACUGAUUUUUAAAAAGGGCGUGUGUAUUUUUGCAUUUCACAAAAAUCGGAGUAAGGGAGCUAUCUCGGAUCACCACUCAAAAUCAAUUGCAUCCAGUGAAAAUGAAACUUCUGGCCUUUCACUGUCAGUGUAUUCCAAAUCAUUCAAAUGACUUUCGUGGUCAUAAUUAAAUGAGAUCCGCUGGACUCAUCGUCAAUUGAAUAACCAUACCUAGUCAUUUGAAGUUUCGCUUGCUCCGUUUCAAAAGCGAAUGAACCCACUUGUUUCUCUGACCCAGCCAUCGACAGUAAACAAGUUCGAAUGAAUAGGCAUGAACUCUCGAUGACAGAAAAUUAUUACGACCGGUACAAUCAAUAAAAUGUGACGGUUGAAUAAACGAAAUGUGCGAAUGAAUAAUUUUCGAAUUUUUGGUAUGCAUUGAGAUGUAUUCCAAAGUAUUAGAAAUGAAUAUUGGAAGAGAAAGCAAUAAAUUUAAGUACAUUCUGUGAUUGACCGUGGUUACCGUUCAUUUAUUAUCUUCAACCAACUGAACAUUCACCAGGAGCUCAUUUGAUAGGCCCGGGUUGGUGGUUCAAUGCAUAGGGCGCUGGUCUUACAAGCCAGUUGUCGUAUGUUCGAGCCCCGACCUAGAAGGAUUCUUAGUGUCAGUAGGAUCCAUAGUACUAGCCAUGCAAUGAUUCUGUACACUAAGAAUCGGCUGCGAAGUCUGUUGAAACAGAAAGGCCAAAUUCCACAAAAGGAAUGUAAUGCCAGGACUUUGCUUUUUCAUUUGAUAGGCGCUCUCUCAAUCAAUUGAAAGAUAUGUUUGUUAAUUCAAGGAAGAAACUGACGUUGGUUAAAUUGAGUUUCAAUUGACGGUGCAACGGAUGAAAAACUAAGUGUUGUCCAUUCAGUAUAUCAGUGAGCGGUGUAUGUAUUGAGUAUGAAGUAUAGUCCAAUCAACUGAUCGGCUGUGUAUAGUCGUCUGGACACGUGAAUCGCUUUGCUCUCAUCAACUUACCGACUCUGCAAAAAAGACGAGUGUUCUUCCAAUUCUAAUAGAAGUCAAUGGAGAAACAUAAACGUGUUUAACUGUUUGAGAUAUCGAGUACUCAAAAUUCUGCAUUUGUGGAACUAGAAUCCAUUCUAUCAUUUGUCUAGUCAUCUCAGGUAAAUCUAUUUUAGAAUUUUUGGCCGGUACUUGUCACUUGCACAGCCAGUCAUGUUUCCCUGUUAUUUGAAGCAAGCAAAACUAGAACCGCAUGUAGUUUUGUCGUAACAUUUUUUUUAGUAUUUUAUUAUUAUUAGUAUUUGUUUUUGAAUUUUUGAAGUGAAAUUCUGGACUAAUACGCCCAUCUAAAAGCCUUUAACAAGGUUUGACCAACAACCUUAAUAUAUAUAAUAGGGCUGAAAAGUCACCACUUGUGGCUGAACACCCAAUUUAAAUCUUAAUAAUUUAAUUUUAACUCAUAUAAAAAAAAGGGUUGAGCACCUGAAACAUAUUGAUGAUAAUUUCGAACAGAUGUACAGGAAGGUCCAAACACUGAUAGAUGGCGGUAUACUGUUUAAUUUACAGGGUGGUCUGGAAACCACGGGUCAAAACUUAACGAGAUAUUUUUCGUUUUUUUUUUCGAAGGAUCUUUCAUCAUAUUUCACAGAACCCAAAUUUAAAGAAAUUAUUCAACUUUUUAUUUUUAUUUUAUUUUAUUACUUUUAAUAAUACCUGAAUUUAAUAAUAACUGAAGAAAAAAAUAUUGCAAUAAACUCCAAUUGGUUCUAACGACUUUUGUUGUUGAUAUAUGAUAAAUAACAAUUCUGGUUUGAUUCGAUCAACUUUUUUUUAAACCAACAUUUGUUUGGAGCAUUAAAACCAACAUAAGUUUAAAUCAAGCACAUUUGGUUUGAAUCUGCGAUAUUUCGGUUUGAAACAACUAAUUGUUUUUGCUUUUCUCAUAUAGAAGUAAUAUUGACUAGAAAAAAUUGGCCCGGAGGGCCAUGUGUUUUAUAAAAUUCGAUUCAACUUGUCGAUCUAAGCCAGUAGUCGGUGCAUAUAUGUGUGUAUGUGUGUAUGUGUCAAAUAAUCUCACCAGGUUGUCAGGGAGAUGGCCGAUUUUCACGGAAUCACUUAAUUUCAUCCGAAUCCAACUUUCGAUUCCGGAAUGGUCUGAGGACAGAGGGUCGCGUGUUGAGUUUUAAAUCGACCACGUGGCUCGCUCAAUUCCCUUUGCGCAUCGUAUUUCUCCUGUACUCUCCGAGUUGCCAGCAUACAUUUUAUUAUUUUGAUGAGAAGUUUUAUCACAUAAAUCUAUAGUAUGGGUUGGACAUUACAUGGAUUCCAAAAAACAAUGAAAAAAUAUUCAACUUUCACAAAGAUUGAAUGAAACAAAAAAUGUGUUUAUAUGCAAUGAAACGUCUGUGUGUUUGGCCGCCUUGUCGAGCCAAUUUUAUUUCUCUCUCCCUUUUCAAAAUGCGAUCAGGAAACCACAGCAAUAAAUGGCGGAUGCGUUGAAACUGACUUUGUUUCACAGAAAAAUACAAGACUUUAUUUUUAUCGCGAUAACAUGUAUGUUUUUAUGUACAAAUCGCAUCUAAACUAAAUUAUCUAGACUUUGUCACGGUAGAUUUAUGAUACGAGCCUUCAAAGCCGAGAUAUUCGAUGAACAAGUAAAGGUAUGCAUUUCCGAGCGUUCUAAUUUUCAGCAGUUCUUCAGUCAGAAAAAAUACAACAUUACCGCUAAACUCAAUGAAUCAUUCUGAUAAUUUCACAGAAUAUUCUCAACUAAAUUUCGAAGACAUUGUCAGGUGGGUUUUUAUAUAUUCGGCACCGUUUCCAAGAAAAUUUAAUUUGAAACUGGACAAUAGCAAAAAAAAACUACCACUUUACGGUACUGUCCUCAGCCCUUAAAAGAUAAAGUGUGUGUUGGCGCUAGCCGGGACCCUACGUUGUGUUUAAUUAAAUCCUCACUAGGAUAUUUCAGCGAAGCGAUGGUAGCAAUUUGUCGGUCGACCUUACUUGCAUUCGCACUGCAGUAAACCGGUAGCGAACAGCAAUGCAACUAACGGGUUCUGCAAACAGCCACAGCGGUCACCAAAGCAGCCAAAGGACCAGAAGACGAACAGCCACAAACAAACAGCUGCACUGAUAAAACUCACAACUGGAUGAACCUUGGCGGACUCUUGCCAAUAAAAACUACACUAUUAUAACGUUUGAGUCACUUUAUUUACUGACUAUUGCUAGUGUAUUUCACUUCUGCUGUUCGAUACACUUCGGACUUUAUGACAGAUCAAAAACGGUCCGAUUCUAAUGCAGGUUUAUUUGAGACUGACUGGUCUGAUGAUUGUGAACAGAGCGAGAAGAUAAAAUGAAAAACUGAGUUGCCAGAAGGGCCUGAGAAACUGACAUAAUUAUAUGAACGGUAGCACCAACUAUCUGCAGAAGGCAGUGUUGGUAAACAGUGUCGCCAGUAAAACUAGUGCGACGCAACAGUGUGUUGAAAACUGUAACUGUACUCCAAUCGAAAAACCGAUUUCGUCUAUCCAGGCUCCCGGUUUUCUUUUAACGAUCAGAUAUAGUAGUCAUAUAUUCAAAAAUAUCAGCUGAUUUUCAUAGGUAAUCAGCUUUUUACAUGGAUGUAUCCCACCUUGACCACAAAUGAUGUAAGAUGGAAUUGUCUAACGUAGUUGCAUACCACUCACACGCCAUUCCGGAUACUGGGGAAAAAAUUCCGUCAUACUUCCCUUUCGAAGGAAAGAACUUCACCGUACUGCGACAUAUUUUUCCGAAGUUUCAGGCUUUGCUAAAUCGUAUUUUCCCAUUUCGUACACUCUAUUGUUCUCUUCACUGUAUUAUCUUUAUUCCUGUCGACUGUGUCGGAUGAAAUGCAAGCAUGAACUGACGAAUACCACAGUGUUACAUAUGAGAAUAUGAUUGAUAUGAGAAAGGCAUCAUUGCACUACUAAGUGGAUUUAUAUCUGAAUACAUUGUUAGAAUAUAAAUUUCGUAAAAAAAGUGUAGGAAAACUUUCCGACUCAAAAAAAAAUAUACUUCAAAUUAUUGCAUUAUUGACUCUAAGAUGGCUCCAUGGUGUGAAAUUCCAAGCGGAAAAGAGAGACUGUAGAAAAAGAUAAAGUAAAAGAGGCUAUUGCAGAUGUCAAAAAUUAAAGUAUUACAUUUUGAACAACAGCGAAGACAUUCAGUGUUUCGGGAAGCGCGUUACAUACUCUAUUAUUUUAGUAUUAUUACACUAGUUGAAAAUUGAAUUUUCCUAAACAUGAGCAUGAUUUCCCCUGUCUCGCAAACUUUGAAUUUUUAAUGUUAUAAUAUCUUGAGAAUUCCCAAAUUGGCCCAAAUUUUUAAUGUUAUAAUAUCUUGAGAAUUCCCAAAUUCCCAAAGAAUUUCCAAAUUCAAUGUAUAGGGCGCUUGUCUUACAAGCCAGUUGCCGUAUAUUCGACCGUUAAUAUUAUGUACCAUUCGACUCAGUUUGUGGUGAUCGGAAACGUACCGAAUCAAACUGAAAGAAUUUGUGACAGCAAUUAUUCUAAUGCAAAAAAUUAUGUUAGAAUGAAUCUGUUUGAAUGACAAAGGGAAGGCAAUAUAUCAACAUUAGGGGAAUUGAGAAGAGAUUUUUAUCAGCAUGUUUAGGGUGUUCAAUUGAUUUCCUGCAAUUUCUUCUUGGAUCAUUUUUGUACAAUUAACAGUUCUCAAGCAACAAAGAUUGGAAGAAAGUGCAUACAAAAAAUUCAUUCGUCUUCGAAUCGAAUCGGUCUUCGUGCGAAAUGAAUGAUUUGCCAAACUGAAGACGUGUACACAGUUUCACCCAAAACAAAAGUUAUUCGAUGUUGAUUUUUACACCUUUUUUUCGUUGUUUAUUCCUGGAUAUGCACACAAAUAUUUCUAUGCCUAGCAACAUGCUAAAGUUAUCAGUGCAAGAAACUUACAGUGUAUGUGCAGAUGUAUCUUAUCUUGUGAAAUAUCGACUAGAAUAAUUUUCUACACUUCGUUCAAACAUUGUUCGGUUAUCGUUGGACUAUUACACACAUCAUAUUAUUUAACUAUAACUACCGCAUAACUUUUAAAUAUUUUUGUAAUAUAAGCUCGAUCCGAAGGAAGAAUGGAAUUCUACGUUCUAGUUGAUGAACUUUAAAUUCAAGUUUCCAAGCAUUGGCGAAUAUCAAUUAUAUAGUAUGUAAUGCAGUGUAGUGAAAAAUUAUACUUGUUAUUGAAUAUGUAUCCACUGACACUUUGUUGGUUUUUCUCGAAUAUAUUUUCCUCAAAGUUUGAUUCAUUAAUUGUUACUAACUAUGACAUAACAAUUUUAUACCGAUUCAAAUAGUAAAGCCUUCUGACUUAUUUUAGACAAGCAAAAACACUGAAACGCAUCUCUACAAUCUAUCAAAGUGUUAAAGGUAAUAUUUAUUUACAUUCAACAUAGCGUAUAAGAAAAUUAUCAUAAUUCGUACUCAUCUUACAACAUACAUUUUUCUUUUUUGUGAAUUAUUACGAGUAAAUAAUAUUCUCCUUAAACUGUUUGUUCUAAAAGCCAAUUUUCAUAAAAAUGUUUAUCAUUUUAGUUUUAGUCAUAACUCAAAAUCUCUCAUCUUGAUUCGAAAAUGUACGUGGGGGUGAAUCGCAUAAAUUCAAUUGAUUGCUAUAAAUUUUUCUUUAAGACCACCCAGUUCCGGAGUUACGGGUUAUUAUAAUAAGUGAUCCUCUCAUAUUAAACUGUGCCAUGAUAGUAAAGUGAUUAAAAUUUUAUCGAUAAGUUAAUCAAAACAAACAAACAUGUUAGUCACUCUUGGAAAAUCACAAUUCCGCUAUUAGUUUCAUUGCUUCACAAACACAGUAUUGAAAAUAUUUAACACAUUUAAUUACUAGUGCCAUUCUGAGUAAAAAACAACGUAUCCAGAAAAUGUAUUACAAAAAAUAGUCUAUUACAGUAUUAAUGCAAUUUUUCUAAGAAUCUGAUCAAUUUCAUCGAUUAAUUGCGUCUAUAUGUUGGUUACGCAAAUGUGAUAAUUUUCAUCGGAGUUUAUUUUUGGCGUAUAGUGGUCCCUGUUAUUAAACUGUUAGAUAAUCCGUUGAAAUAAGAUCGCCUUUCAAAAGGAACACCUAUAUUAGAACAAUAUGAAAAUAUUUAUGCUAACUGAAGCGAUUUGAGAUAUGAUGUCGUGUUAAAUUGCUAUACAUUUACGAUAAAUGGUAAUAUCAAAGAUUUUCUACAGAACUGUUGUACUAUUAUGUUGAU